GUGUACUUUAAAGAAGUGGGGAAAAACCACCAGUUUCGACACGUACAGCUGUCACUAGUCAUCUUAUUCCCACUUCUUACCAUUUUCUCCGACAUUUGUGAUUCCUGAGCGGCAGGGGACUUCCAGACACUUCCUGACGAUGGCGGGAGAAAUUUCUAUGAUCGGUAAGCUGAAAAACAAACAUUAUAGAUGCUAACACAACAAGCUAGCCGGUCGGUCCUUAUGAGAGUGCUUUCCGGUGUCGCAGGUUCGGUGAUUCUGGCUUUGUUCCUGGCCGGUUAUCUGGGCCAGCAGUACUUGCCACCCCCCAAACCCAAAGUAAUCGGCCUGGACCUGGGUACGACCUUCUGCUCGGUCGGUGUCUUCCACCCGGGCAGCGGGGAAGUGGAGGUGAUCGCAGACGAGGAGGGGAGGAAGAGCAUCCCCAGCACCGUCACCUUCACCAGCACCGCGGUGCUGGCCGGACACGAAGCCGUGGAGCUGGGUGACAGCAACCCGCAGAGCACCGUCUACGACGCCAAGAGGUUCAUUGGGAAGAAAUUCGAGCCAGGUGUGCUGGAGCAGGAGAGCUCCAGGUACCCGUUUAAGGUGGUAAACAACAAUGGUAGUGCAGAGUUCGAGAUCUUCACCAACCACACCUUCYCCGUAAGCCCGGAGUUCAUCGGCUCCAGGCUGCUGCUGAAGAUGAAGAAGAUGGCCGAGCGACACCUGGGCGUGCUCGUCCAGAAGGCGGUCAUCUCGGUGCCGGCAGAGUUCGACGAGAGACAGAGGAACUACACGGUCCGAGCCGCUAACCUCGCAGGUUUGGAGAUCCUGCGCGUGAUCAACGAGCCCACGGCCGCAGCCAUGGCCUACGGCCUGCACAAGGUGGACGUGUUCAACGUGCUGGUGGUGGACCUCGGGGGCGGGACGCUGGAUGUGUCUCUGCUCAACAAGCAGGGGGGCAUGUUCCUCACCAGGGCUAUGGCAGGCAACAACAAGCUGGGGGGUCAGGACUUCAGCCAGAGGCUGCUCCAGUACACCGCAGAGAGGGUCCGACAACAGUUCGGUGUCUCCCUCACCCUGAAGGAGGACAUCCACCGUCUCCGACAGGCCGUGGAAGCUGCCAAGCUCAACCUCACCCUCCACCCCAGCGCCACCAUCAGAGUGCCCCUCCACCUCCGCGCAGGCCCCGCCCCCGUUCUCUUCCAGGCCGAGGUCACCCGCCAGCUGUUCGAGGAGCUCAACGAGGACCUCUUCCUGAAGAUCCUGACCCCCGUGAAGACGGUGUUGGCCGAGGGCCACCUGGAGAAGGAGGACGUGGACGAGAUCGUUCUGGUGGGGGGGUCCACCAGGAUUCCCCGGAUCAGGAAUCUGAUCAGCGAGUUCUUUGGGAAGGAGCCCAACACGUCRGUGGACCCCGACCUGGCCGUGGUGACGGGCGUGGCCAUCCAGGCCGGCAUCAUGGGCGGCUCCUGGCCGUUACAAGUGAGCGCCAUCGAAAUCCCCAACAGACACCUGCGCAAAACCAACUUCAGCUGAGUCACACCUCCACCCCGACACCUGCAGACAGGAGAGACUUGUGGGCCGUUGAAACCAUUUCUCUCUUCCUCUGCUUGCGACAGACGGCGGUGACGAAGUCCCCAAACAGCUUCCUGUGAUGGUGACCGAUAAGGUUUGCAGAAACGACCAGCUCUGCUGUGUUUUUAAUGAGACAUGCUUUUCCUCUGCACCAGCUACAGCAGAAACAGGUUUCAUGGGUCAGCAGCUGUGUUGCAGCACGUCAUAUGAAGCUCUUGGAACAGACCAAACGGGCCAGUACUUCACCUAUUUAUUUAUUUAUGUGUCUGAAGGUGUCGGCUGAUUCGCUCGGUGCAUUUUCAGAACGCUGAUUAACUGGGAUGGAGCCGCUGCAGGGCAGUGGUUCUGUCCUGCUCACCAUGCUUCUGUUUUCAUGAUUUACUUCAGCUUAAAACUGUACAUAUUAGUAAUUAAUUUAACAAACGGUCAUAAGCCUUAUUGUUCACAGUACUGUUAAUCUGUAUCAUAAUUUAAAUGGAACGUAUGGGUUAUUUAUCUUUGAAAUGGACAUGUCUCACUGUUGCACUUUAAGGACUCGUUUGCCAGCUCACUUCCUGCUGUCUUUAAAUGGCGUCACUCAUGGUGGAGUUCUGCUUCAGCCGGAGGUCAUUUCCUGCAGAAAGACCAAAGUGUUGCUCAGCAGUGCCUUGUUUCAUAUCAAACUGRAAUGUCACAUCUAAAAGGUUUUCAGUUUGUCCUCUGGCCAGGUAAGCAGCAGGCUCAGGUUUCUUAAACAAACCUGGGUCCACUGAUGGCACAUCCAACAUUCCUGUCGUUCACAUAGCUUGUUUUUUGCCAAAUGUUUUGUAAAUAGAAAAAUAAUGUUUGUACAGAGAUGAGUUGAUACUGAGGGCACGCUGCAAUGUCAAACUAAAAUCUAUUUUUGUAUUUGACACUCAGACUCCACCCGUUUGAAAAUAAACUGCUUUUCCAUCUAAUGCAACCCUCAGUUUCAGCAUUUUAUUUUUUAAAUAAAAGUAAAUGCGUUUCCUCCUCAAAACAUCUGGAGAAAACUGAUCACACACAAGAGCCUCCAGGUUUGGAGCACUUCACCUUUGAAUUAAACACAACAAUUGGAGUUUUUAAAUCUUUACUUCUCAGGCAUACAAACAUCCAGAAAUAAAACAAAAAGGCAGCUUGUCUUUUGACGUGCUGCUUGCUGUGAUUUCUUUAGAUUCCCUUUAACUUCACUAAUUUUAAGUUCAUUUCCACCAGCGGUURCACUAAAACACCACAGAGAUGCUGSAAGUCAACGAGCAGACUGAUGGUGUUUAAAUGAUAGUUCAUGGCUGGAGCAUCUCACCUUUUAUAUAUUAUAACACUCUCAACAUAACACUGCACACGAGGUAAAAAAUACAGACUCAGUCAGAACGCACACAACAAUGACAUCUUUAAAAAGGAAACAUUCACAGUUAUCCCAAAAAAAAAAAAA